UCACUGCAGACUGUGACGUAAUGAAAAACGAGCCAAUCAGAGAUAAGCAUGCAGACGCGGAGAAAUUUAAAAGGACCUCCAAGCAGGUCACAAUAUGCCGGUGAAACUGCCAAUUGUCACCGCAUCAGACGAAGAGAUGAGCCAGUUCGAUUCGUCCGAUUCCGAGGAGGAGGGGCAGCUGCAGACGGACCCUCUCCAAGUGGACUGGUUGAGUUUAUCCAGUGUUGGCUGUGAGGAGAGUCUUGGGAUCUGUGCCCUGCCAGGUUGCAGAUUUAAGGAAACAUGGAGAAGUUUGGAUGCUGAUCUGGAGGACCUGAAGGCCCAGUCCAUUCGGGACAUUUUUGUCCUGUGCACCCGAGGAGAGCUGAACAAGUACCGCGUGCCGCGCCUGCUGGAGCGAUACGAAGAUGCGGACUUCACGGUACACCACCACUCCUUCCCUGAUGGCACUUCGCCUGCCAUGGCGGCAUGCGUCAAACUUCUGGAGGAGAUGAAAGUCUGCUUGUCUCAAGGGAAGAAAACACUGAUACACUGUUAUGGAGGGCUAGGAAGGUCCUGUCUGGUUGCAGCCUGUUUGAUGCUGUACCUGGAUGAGACUGCUGACCCGCAGGCUGCCUUACAGAGAGUACAGCAGGUCAGAGGUCACGGGGCCGUACAGACUGUCAGGCAAUACAACUUCCUGAAUGAUUUUCGUAAGAACCUUGAGGAGUACGAGGCCAGUGACGAGGCACAGGCACAGCAGCGCUCGCUGUCCCGCUGAUGCAGCCGGGAGUGGUCCCGCUGGAGUACAGGAGCCUGUGCAAUAUGAAACCUGGGAGUUUUAGCCUCCAUUGCAGACCCUAGUGGAUAUGUUUUCUACAGUUUUCUGUCAGUUGUGGUUGUUUCCUGAUGUCUGAUCGUCACUCAGACCUCCGCAAGCAAUCAGAACCCCCGCAGCAGUUAGAAAACUGUAUAUUCUUGAAAAAGUCUGCAACAGAGGCUAUGGAAUUUUGAUAUUGUAAAUACUGGGGGUCUGAAAAUUUUGAUGGCACUUAAGUCACUAUAGAGUAGAGUGUUCUCAAUGGCUAGAAAUG